GAUGAACACGAUACUCUCGCAGCCUCGCAGGACGCAGCUAACUCCUUUCCUGGGUCGGAUUCAAAUAUGGGAUGGGUUAAUGGGUAUAAUGGGUGGGUCGUCAUAAACCCCAAAUUCGGUUUAAGCUUUCGGGUUCUACUUCUAUUCCUUACUUGAAAUAUAAAAAUAUCAUUUUUUUCAUGAACAGUGAGUGAGACCCAGAAAAAUAGAUUAGUCAUCACAUUGAACGGCUGAAGAGUGGCUGCUUUCACUUUUCUUUUCGUCCAAAAUCAGUCCACUGUUCUACCGAAAUGUGUUUCUGUUGCCUCUCCGAAAUUCCUUGUCAAAACACGAUUCGAUGCCACGGCCUUCAUUGUUCAGUUCAUCAAGCUUUGAUCUUCUCUCAAACAGUUGCAGACAAAGGAAAUCAACAACAAAAACAAGACCUUUCACUUGAUGAACUAAAGGUAGAAUGGAAACGACCCCAUUUCUCCAAUACCCACUUACGAUCAUACUCUUUAGCUGUCGUUGGAGAUCCCAUUCUUGAGAUUGAUAAUGAUUAUCCGGUUGUAUUUCCCCCGGUCAACCAUGAAGGGCUUCAUGUCUCAUCUUCGUCACAUUCUGACAUUAACAACAAAGAUGGGUGUAAUUAUGUCGAGGGAAAUCAAGAAGGGUUUAAAAUUUCGUCUUUGCCGGUGUCUACAAAGGUAGUAGUUACCCAGCUUCUGAUGGUGAGUGAGUUUGCGAACUGGGGUUAUUUGUUUCAACUUUGGCGGGAUAAAUUAGCUCGUGUUGUGGUUUCAUUGGGUCGUUUUACCAUUUUAAGGAGACUGAAUUGGUCAUAUGGUUCAGCAACCACUGUGCUGUUGGUUGGGUUGUUUAGCGCGAUGGUGCAAUGGAGGAGAAAACGUUUACCGAAUAAGACAAAGAGCAGGGGUCAUUUGAUUCAUAUGAUCAAAGAGAGAGACGAGAAAAUUAAUCAACUCUUGAAUCAAAUUGCUCAAAUGAAUCAACUAUUGCUGUCUCUUCAUAAAGAUUCAUUGUCCAAAGGUGGUUGACCUAUGUUUUCUGGGUUCAAAGAAGCUCAGUAUCCAAUGGCUGAACAAUUUAUGUUCUCUCAUAGUUAGUAAAACUAGGUUUUCUGAUGUUAUGCAUUGGUUUUUAUUCCCUUAGAUUGAUUACCCAUGAAUUAUAUUUCUGUAAAUAGAAAUUCAAGAAUUCUCAUUUUUUUGACAAUUGAUCUCCUUUCAUUCUAUUUCUUUGCUUUGAUUAUGCACAUAUAUGAUAAGGAUGAUCCUUGCUUGGUAUGGUCUUGCACAAAGAAUGUCAAUAUUUGCUUCUU